GCUGGAGUAAAAGGGACAUUGGGAAGAUUAGUUGGAAUUUUUGAGAACCAGGAGAGGAAGCACAGAACGUAUGUGUAUGUGCUCAUUGUCACAGAAGUGCUGGAAGACUGGGAAGAUUCCGUUAACAUUGGAAGGAAGAGAGAAUGGUUUAAAAUAGAAGACGCCGUUAAAGUGCUGCAGUACCACAAGCCAGUGCAGGCGUCGUAUUUUGAGACAUUGAGGCAAGGCUACUCGGCCAACAACGGCACCCCGGUCGUGGCCACCACGUACUCGGUUUCUUCCCAGAGCUCCAGGCCAGGCGUCAGAUGACUGAAGACUUCGCGUAAGAGGAAUGGAAAUUGGAAACUAGACUGGGGCGCAGAUCUUCCCUCCCUUGCUCUUUUCACCUCUCCUCACAGACCUCCUCUCCAAAUAAGGCAUGAUGGGCAGCAGAGAAAGGGGUUCUUGAUGGUGUUGCUGUUUGGUGUUAAGUGAUGGGCUUUUUCUUUUCUUUUUAUUGGAGGGGGUGGGGGGUGGGUGUGUAAUUUGUAAGUACUUUUGUGCAUGAUUGGUCCCUCCCUUUUCACACCCCUACAAUUGUCUAGAGAGACAGACAGCCUUCCCUCGGCCUUGGAUUCUGAAGUGUUCCUGUUUGUCUCACCCCAGCCCUGGCCAGACGUUUUUUUCUUUGAUUUUUAAUUUUUUUUUUAUUAAAAGAUACCAGUAUGAGAUGAAACCUUUCAAGAAUUUGUCCUCUAAUGCGCUGUUCAGUCCAGGAGGUUGGUCACUUCCCCGGCAGGUACAUUUAUCUACACAUUAUAUACUGGGCAUAUAAUAUGUAAAUAAAUGACUUUUAGAAGAGGAAUUUAACUGUUUAAUUUUUAAGGUUUUGUUUCAUUUUUUAAAUUCGGGGUGUUUCUGAAAUGGAGAGCCUCAUAGUUAAUUUCCCUUUUUGUUUUUUGAUGCUAGUGGCUA